GCACGACAAUGCAGUUUCCUAAGUCAUUGUUUAUAUCCAAAGUAUGGAACGCAUAAUAUAAAGUAUGUAAUGGACGUAUGGAAUCCGGCAGUCUCGUUUCUAACUUCAAAAUGAGUGGAAAUAUUUCUUUUGUUAUAUUUAUUACAGCUUGUAUAGCUUUAGCGGCAGCCAACUAUAGGAGCGAUGGAGGUUUCAUGCCAAGUUCUGCAUAUCAACAUACAGAAGACCAGUUAGCGGAGCCGUCAUCACGGCUAGAGAAAGGUAGUAGAGAGGAAAGAGACAAUCAGCCCGAUAGAACGCAGAGAUUCGGCAUUUCUGCGUACGGGACCACCGGGUCUCCCUAUGGUGGGACCGCUCCGGGUAUUUACGGCCCAGUAAAGAUCGACUUGGGCGGAGUACUUUUAGGUUCGAUUUUAGGCUUUGGUGCUGUUAUAAUACUGCCUAAAAUUAUACACGCCUUCUCUUAUGGAUAUGGUGGUGGCUACGGCAGAAGUGUGGAGACAGAUUUCAAUCAAGUAUCGGAUAUGUUCGGCAAGUUAGACGAGACAUUGAGUAGAUAUAAUGUUGAUACUGCGGCCUGCAUGCAACGUCUGACCUGCUCUUACGUGCAACUUGCCAACGAAAACAUGGCAGCUGGGAAUGCGAGUGACUUUGAUGUACUGCUUGCUUCUUUAUCUAGUAAUUCUCUGGUUCGUCGCAUGAUAGAUGGUACUACUAUUUUCGAAGCGAUGUCAGUUGGUAAAUCCUUGGAUACAGAUUGCCAAGUUGAAUAUCCCAAAUGCAAGUUGGACAAGAAGACAGUUAUCAAAAUUAUGUCGCAAUUAAUACCAUCAUAAGAAAAUUUAGUUAAAAAUAUUAGAUGGAAUAAUUUACACGAUUAUUUCC